GCCUGGUUAUAGCCGGUCCAGCGCAUCCCGGAGUCGCACAGGCCUGAACUCCUACCCAGGUCCCCGGCCCGGCACCUGCAGGCCCAACCCCGGACCCGGAUCCGCGAGGACACUGGAGGCCACCCCCUGGGGGUGGGGAGCGGAGCCGCGGGUCAGCUCUGCGAGCGCCCCGCGCUGGCCUGGUCCGGCCCCGCCCCCGCCCCGGGCCAUGGCCCAGCCCUUGUCCCGGCCCCUUGUCCUAUCCCGAUCCGGACCUUGGCCCCCGGCCCCGCCGUCAGCCCGCUUCCCACAUCGGUCCCGGCCCAAGGCUAGGUCCCAGCGAAUGCCCAGAUCCCGGUCCCAACCUAGGCCCCCCAUCCAGUCCCAGUCCCCUGAGUGGCCCCUGCGCUUGUUUCACCUCCUGUCACAAUUCCCAGCCCAGCCCUUAUCCCAGCCCCAUUCCCAGUAUUUGCUAAAGCCCAGGGCCCAACCCCUGCCCUUGCUCCAGUCCCCACCACAGCCCUUCCUUCCUCCCCAUUCCCUGCCUUUGCAUAAGCCCCAGUGCCUAGCCCUACCCAACCCAUUAACUCAGCAUUUGCCCUCAUCUCUGUGUUUACCCAAAUCUCUCCCACUACUCCCCACUGUCUCUCAUACCCUGCCCCUCUCCCAGCCUCGACUCAGGUCUGGGCUCCAGCUGCCACCAGCCCUAUUGCUGCUGUUGCUGUUCUCUGUGCUUGGCCCAGGGGCUGGAGGCCUCUUCCUGACUGACUACUCCACCUGCUCGCCCCGCAAGCUGAGUCCUUUCCGCUCCUUUGCCAGCACUGAACUCUUCCACUUCCAUGUUCCUGAGGACACAUUCCUGGCUGUUUGGAACCUCAUCAUCUUCAAGGAGCAGGGGGGAACCUUUGGGGACCACUGCCCAGACCAAAGUGUGACUGUGUAUUUCCGGUCUGGGGCACCCCCUGUCAUCAAUCCCCUGCACACACACUUUCCAGGGGACACGGCUGUGCCUGGGGUUUUCUCACUGACCCUCAGCUGGACCUUGCCUAACCGCACCUCAGGCAUCUUUAACGUCAGCAGCCCCUUACCCGGGGACUGGUUUUUGGCUGCCCACCUUCCCCAGGCCCACGGCCACAUCUCUGUCAAGGGUCUCCAGGAUGAGUGUCAGUACCUACUGCAGCCACAGCUCAUUGUCCGGCGUUUGCUGGAUGUUGCCGUGCUGGUGCCUGGCCGUCCCUCAGAGCAAACCCUGUUCCCCCACAAUCGCUCAGCCUUGUACAAGGUCUUUGUGCCCAGCUUUACUUACAGGGUUUCAGCGCAGCUGGUGUGUGUGGGGGGCCGAGGAGCAUCCUCCUGCCCCCUGACACUACGCCUACGUCCCAAGGCCCCACCCUUGCACAACUCAAGCUCUGUGGCUUGUGGAAGUACCUCGCUAUGCCAGCUGGAGUUGGCGCUGCCUCCCUGGGGACACUGGGUCUACGUGCGUGUGGAGACACCAUCCCGGGGCACUGGCAGGACCGUCCGCUUCCAGCUGUGUGUGCACUUGCAAGAGUGCCCACAACCCAACCUGUCCCGUGCCUUGGUCCCUGGAGCUGCCAUGAACAUGCCCCAGUCACUGGGCAAUCAGCCACUGCCUCCAGAGCCGCCAUCCCUUGGGACCCCUUCAGAGGGGCCUGGGGCCACAUCCCCACCUGAACACUGCUGGCCAGUGCGCCCGACGCUGCGCAAUGAGCUGGACACCUUCUCUGUCCACUUCUACAUCUUCUUUGGCCCCAGUGUGGCUCUCCCUCCUGAGCGUCCGGCUGUGUUUGCUCUGAGGCUGCUGCCAGUGCUGGAUAGCGGAGGGGUCCUCAGCCUGGAGCUCCAGCUCAAUGUGAGCUCACUGCGCCAGGAAAACGUGACAGUGUUUGGAUGCCUGACUCAUGAGGUGCCCCUGAGUCUGGGGGACGCAGCAGUGACCUGCUCCAAAGAAUCCUUGGCUGGCUUCCUCCUCGCUGUCAGUGCCUCCUCCAGAGUGGCCAGGCUAAGAAUUCCUUUCCCACAGACAGGGACCUGGUUUCUGACCCUCCGCUCCCUGUGUGGGGUGGGGCCUCGGUUUAUGCGCUGCCGGAAUGUAACAGCCGAGGUGCGGCUGCGAACCUUCCUGUCUCCGUGUGUGGACGACUGUGGACCCUAUGGCCAGUGCAAGCUGCUGCGCACGCACAACUACCUGUAUGCGGCCUGCGAGUGCAAGGCUGGGUGGCGGGGCUGGGGCUGUACUGACAGUGCAGACGCGCUUACCUAUGGAUUCCAGCUGCUGUCCACACUCCUGCUCUGCCUGAGCAACCUCAUGUUUUUGCCACCUGUGAUCCUCGCCAUUCGGAGCCGAUAUGUGCUGGAAGCUGCCGUCUACGCCUUCACCAUGUUCUUCUCCACGUUCUAUCAUGCCUGUGACCAACCAGGCAUUGUGGUUUUCUGCAUCAUGGACUACGAUGUGCUGCAGUUCUGUGAUUUCCUGGGUUCCUUAAUGUCAGUGUGGGUCACUGUCAUUGCCAUGGCUCGUUUACAGCCUGUGGUCAAGCAGGUGCUGUAUUUGCUGGGGGCUAUGCUGCUGUCCAUGGCUCUGCAGCUAGACCGACAUGGACUCUGGAACCUGCUGGGACCCAGCCUCUUCGCCCUGGGAAUAUUGGCCACAGCCUGGUACGCAGUGUCCGCCGCCGGCAUUGCUACCCACCUACUUGGCGUCGCUGGCUUUUCUACCUGUGCCCAGGCAGCCUUAUUGCAGGCAGUGCUGUCCUUCUCUAUGCGUUUGUGGAGACCCGGGACAACUACUUCUACAUUCACAGCAUCUGGCACAUGCUCAUCGCUGGCAGUGUGGGCUUCCUGUUGCCACCUCGCGCCAAGACUGAGCGCCGGGUCCCUUCUGGGGCCCGGGCCCGUGGCUGUGGUUACCAGCUGUGCAUCAACGAGCAGGAGGAGUUGGGCCUCGUGGGCCCUGGAGGGGCCACUGUCAGCAGCAUCUGUGCCAGCUGAGAGAGGCUGUGGGCCUGCCCAUGGGGAACACGGACCCUUCCUAGGGGCAAAAAGUCCCUGGCACAAGAGACAAGUUGUAUUUCUUGAUGACUUUGAGUCUUCCUCAAGGACAUGGAACUCUUCUGGGAACCAGGAACACUUCGUGAGGGCCUGGAGUCCUCCUGCAUCCAUAGAGGCCUUGCGGACUGCAACCUGCAUAAGGGCUGUGAGCCCCCAGGACCAAGGACUCCAACCCUGGGGCACGGGGAAAGAUGGGGUGCCCUCCUGACUACACGGAUUCCUUCCCAUAGAGACAGGGCCUCUUAGCACACAGUGUCAUUCCUAAGGAGAUGGAGCCAAUCUAACAGCUCAGCAACUUUGACUCCAAGCUUCCUCCCCAAGGUGGCAUCUGGGCUGUGCUAUGGGGGGGUGGUAGGGUAAAAAGGACUGGGACUGGCGGGAUGGCAUCCUGAGGUGAUGCAGGUGGAGUCUGGUUUGUCUCUAAUGAAGUGUUUCCUGGUUCU